ACAGACCGGAUUCACCAGAGCUCUAACAUACGUGCGUUAUCAACGAGAGCCGUUAUUUGAUGGGAUCCUUCCAAAGAAUACUUCAUACUACUUUGAUUUUUUCGAGGGUUUAUCGUUUCAAGCUUGUACCAUGAAAUGCUACCUAAACGAUCCGAUCUGUAUAGGAUAUUUGUAUAGUUCAAGCCUGAUACAUUGCAGACUUCUUAGGAAAUUGUUGGUUGAAAGUGAAAUUGCAAACAAUUGCAAUGGAAGCGGAUGGGAAUACCGCAGGUAUAGAAGUGAAAUGGCCAGGUGGAACAUAUACUCUGGUAAAGCCAAAUACUGGAUGUCCAUCGGGGUGGCUGGAGGGAUGGAGACACCAGGACAAUGCAAACGGUGAUAACGAAAACCAAGUAGAAUACGGACAUCACUUUUAUGGCAUCAGUGGGACCAAUCCAAGUAAUCUGAAUUUCUCUUACUGCACCAAGGAUCCCAAUGAUUUUAAUGACGAGGGUUAUUGGCCCGGUGGGAACUACUGUAUUCUGAUGCAUGGAAGUGCAUGUCCUUCUGGAGCUUUCCAAAGUGGAAGCAUUCAUUGGGAUGACGAAAACUCUGGAAAUGAAAACACUGCAGGGGGAGAAUUACCAAGUGGAAAUUUUAAUUCGAAUACAAGAAUUGACUACUGUUGCAGAAAUGACGGUUCCUACUCAACGGAAAUUCGACUUCCAAGAACUAAGCCGUUUUAUCUUUUGAGAUAUACCAAUCACUGCCAACAUGUUGAGGGAAUGGAGGUCAGAGAAGAAACCGUGUAUACAGAUGAUGAGGACGACAACAACAGCAAUAGCGUGUCUGGAAAUCAUCCAUACGGACCGGUGAACGGGGAACGGAACUACAAGCUCUUUUAUUGCUACUAUUGGUCCCUGUAAUACAGCAAUGUCUCAUGCCGGUGAUGGUUAAAUAGCGAUUCGAUCUGGAAAUACCAUCAAAAUCACUGUAAAAUAUUGUUACUAUUUGUCACUGUAAUAUAACACUGUAUCCGGUAAUAUUUAUAUUGCAAAAUGAUCUGGAAAUACUUUCCAAAUCCCCUUAGUAAUGAUGUAGUUCAUCUGCAGAUUUGAAAACUACAGUCCACAAGCCAAGUACAUACAUAUUUGGUGACAGUAUCUCUAAUCAGAAUCAGAAAUUUCAGUUUUAACAUAAUUUAAAAGUUGUGGGUCAAACUUUGUUGUUAGAUAAAGGGAAAUAUAAAAAUCAAGUAUUAUACACUUCAAAACAAAAGUGUGUACCAUCUAUCCUUCUAUAUUUUGUAAACCAGACAUGAUAAAAGAAAUACGUAGAAUACAUCAGGAAAUUGGUUUGGUUCCAGCUGACAAAUUUUGUAACAACAUUCUCUUUGUAAGGCUCAUCAUUACAACUGUAUUUCAAACGAACUUGGCAUUAAUUCCACACGUGGUAAUCUUACUUACACUUUGAUUUCCCGUUCAAAAGACAACAUUCUUCAAAAUCAUUUUCCAGUUUUAAUAUUCCAGUCUUAACUGCGAAUGAAUAUGAACUACAUAUGUACAUGUAUACUGGAUUUCAAGACUUCACAAAAACCGAAGUACUGCUGGAUCCAGUAAAUGUACUACCAAGCCCCAAUCUCUGCUCCUCACGGUAACUGCUGUGUAGGAGGAACAUACUUUGUCACAACAUAUACUAGAAGUGGAUUCCAAAAAAAAAAACAACUAACUUUUAGCAAAUUCAAAAUCACAAUUUUUUUUAUCAAAUCAAAAACAUCCAAACGUAUGAGUUUUUAAUAAUUUUAUAUAAUCAUUCCCUACGAUGAAUUAAAGAUUAGAUAUUUUGACACCAGAGAGAGUUGUUUCUUCAAUAAAACGGAGAAAGAAAAUAUUCCUAUCUAGUGAUCAGUCAUUAAAAAAAAAA